AUGUCACGUUCAUUCAGUGGCAAAGAAUGCACGCCUGGCCGGGGAGGACUGGAGGACAACAUAGGAACCGGAGAGCAUUCAACAUUCUGCCUUCUUCGAAUGGACGACGAACGAUGUCAGCACAUUUCAGAUGAUGCAAUGGAGUACAGUAACGACGAUUUUUGGAAGAAAGUCAUUUACUGUUACGUUAAUAAAAAUUUUGUGUACAGAAUUUUGAGAGGUGGGCAGUGGUGGGAGUCAGCACGUUUCAGAUGGUGGUCUCAUGUAUCCGGUAAAAUUCAUUCUGUCGGUGCGUCUCAGAUGUUGGUCGGUGCAAUGGAGUUUCGUCCGUAG